AUGGGGUUUGUUCCAGACGAGGGGAAGGCGCUCCCUCCUCCCGGGAUCGUGAACAGGAACUCGGUGUGGUUGGCCGGAGUUGGCUGGGUGUCCGCGUUGCUGCAAAAUGCUAUCAAUCACAGGCCACCGCUAAAAUCAGGGGUUCAUCGGCAGGCCCUCCUGGCCUCGAUUGGCUGGUUCAUUGGCUACCAUAUAACAAAAUAUGAAAACUACUUCUACGCCAAGCAGGAUCGAGACAUGAGGGAGUACGUCAACCUCCACCCAGACAAAUUUGAGCCAAAGGAGAAAAAGACCUUUGCAGAGAUCGUGGAGCCCUUCCAUCCUGUGCGCUAA